AUUGGGCAUGAGAGCAUAUAUAGCCCUUUCAAAUUUUCAACGACUUUUUUUAUGAUGUCGUAAAGAAUGAUAUGAGAAACCUGAGGAGAUACAGGGGACUCCAGGUUGAUUUUGGUCUCCAUUAUAGGUACUUUUCAGUUUUAGCCAAUGUCAGAGCUCAGAGCCCAAAUUCAGAACCAGAAGACCUUGUUCAUGAGGAUACAAGUGAUACUACCCCUGUUUCGGGUUUGCAUGAACUCUUGCAGUUAUUUGCAAGAACAAGGGCACCUAUUGAAGGGAAGGCUUGCCAUGCAAAAAUUAUUCAUGUUGGGUUGGAAGCAGACACAUUAACGUCGAACAUGCUCAUUAACAUGUAUUCUAAAUGUGGUUUAGUUGACUGCGCUCAUGCUGUGUUUGACGACAUGACCGAGAGAAGCUUGGUUUCGUGGAAUACGAUGAUUGGGUCACUUGCUCAGAAUGGUGAGGAGCAGGAAGCUCUUUAUCUUUUUGUUGAGAUGCAAAGGAAAGGAACCCCAUCUAGCGAAUUCACUCUUUCAAGUGUUCUUUGUGCUUGUGCUGCGAAAUGUGCUAUUUUUGAGUGUAAACAGUUGCAUGCAUUUGCUAUUAAGGCCGCAAUGGACUCCAAUGUGUUUGUGGGAACCGCUUUGCUUGAUGUUUACGCCAAGUGCAGUAUGAUAAAGGAUGCAAGCUGUGUUUUUGAGUGCAUGCCAGAGAGGAGUGAUGUUACGUGGAGUUCGAUGGUGGCUGGUUAUGUGCAAAAUGACCUUCAUGAGGACGCUUUGGUGUUGUUUCACAGAACUCAGAUGUCUGGGCUGGAGCACAACCAGUUUACGAUUUCGUCUACUAUUUGUGCUUGUGCAGGUUUGGCAACUCUGAUCGAAGGGAAACAGGUGCAUGGCGUGUUAUGUAAAGCUGGAUUUGGAUCUAAUAUAUAUGUUGCUUCCUCCCUUAUAGACAUGUAUGCCAAAUGUGGCUGCAUUAGAGAAGCUUACAUCGUGUUUCAAGGUGUGGAUGAGAGGAGCAUUGUUUUAUGGAAUGCGAUGAUAUCUGGGUUUGCUAGGCAUGCUCAUUCCAUGGAGGCAAUGAUUUUAUUUGAAAAAAUGCAGCAGAUGGAUAUUUCUCCAAAUGAAGUCACAUACAUUGCUGUAUUAAAUGCAUGCAGCCAUAUGGGUUUAGUUGAGAAAGGACAUAAAUAUUUCCAUCUUAUGAUGAGGGAGCACAAGGUGUCACCCAAUGUGUUUCAUUAUUCAUGCAUGGUUGAUAUUUUUGGUCGGGCAGGGCUGCUUCGUGAAGCUUAUAAUAUGAUAGAGAAGAUGCCGUUUGAUGUGACUGCUUCAAUGUGGGGUUCACUUUUAUCUUCUUGUAGGAUCCAUAGAAAUCUUGAAUUGGCUGAAGUUGCAGCUAAGCAUUUGUUUGAGAUGGAACCUAAUAAUGCAGGAAAUCAUGUUUUGCUUUCAAACAUAUAUGCAGUGAAUAAAAAGUGGGAAGGAGUCGCAUUAGCAAGGAAGCUUCUUAAGGAAAGUGACGUGAAGAAGGAGAGGGGUAAGAGUUGGAUUGAAAUCAAGGACAAAGUUCAUUCAUUUAUGGUUGGUGAGAGAAAUCAUCCUCAAAUUGCUGAGAUUUACUCAAAGUUGGAUGAUUUGAUUGCCAAGUUGGAGAAAAUGGACUACAAGGCUGAGACCGAGCAUGACCUUCAUUUUGUGGAAGAGAGCAGAAAGCAACAACUCUUGAGACACCACAGUGAGAAGCUUGCUCUUACUUUUGGGCUUAUGUGCUUACCUCAGAAUGUGCCUAUUAGGAUUAUGAAAAAUCUCAGAAUCUGUGGGGAUUGUCAUUCUUUUAUGAAGCUUACAUCAAAUAUUACAGAGAGGGAGAUCAUUGUUCGAGAUACAAACCGCUUUCACCAUUUUAAGGAUGGAUAUUGUUCUUGUGGAGAUUUUUGGUGAAAUGCUGGUAUUUCACUGUUUUUUCCAUGUGAUUUGUAGCGAGUGUGAGUGGUUUAUGCAUUUUGUCUGCUUUGGGAUGGGUCCAAGUGUUAGAAAGUGAAGGGUUUGAAUAUCAAGUUGAGUGACUAUCAACCCCAGUUUUCAUGAUGUCACGUAUAAUUCUUGGUAUAUUACACUGAUCCAUCAUCAAAAUCAGUUCCAACCGUGUAAGCAACGACCAGGUAGAGUACAUGAGAGAUUUUCUGAUAUUGAGGCCAAUGAAUAAUUUCCCUGGAUAAAACUGUUUGUAAGAAUUUGCUUCGGUAUGCAGCUCUUACGGAACCUAUCUGGUAAUUCUUUUCCAUUGCAAUACUUGGGUUAUCACCUAAACUCGGAGCCAGCAAAUACAAGUAUACAUAAAGGAGAGAGUGCAUGUAUUCUUCCAACCCAUGCUCCCUUGUGGUUGCAACUUGCGAUCCUGUGUAAAUCAAUAAACAGGACAUUUGUAAUUAUAUGGUAAGGAGACUCGGUGCUUUAGGUCACCCCUUACAUUGCUGUUCCAUGAGCUUGUAAAGCUCAAUAAAAGUGGACAAAGACCUAGGGCAAUGUUGGUUUCGUUUUGGUGCAAACCAUGGAAAAGGCUUUUUGUCUAGUUUGUUGGUAUAAAAUAUAUCUAUAUUCAAUCCAA